GUGAGCCGACUGUGAUUGGUUGUCUUAGGUGGAAGUGAUACAAACUGUGUCAUUCACAAACUAACAAGAAUACAUUACAAUUGUGAUAAAGAAUGCAAUGAACUUUCAUACAGUAUUGAGUUCUUGUUUUCCCCAGCAAUUUUCCACAAGGUCCGUUUGAAGUUGGAGUGAAACCAAUCCGGGGACGUAUUUGCCUUUUCUUCACUGAUUUAUCAAGAGAUCACAGUUCAAGAUUUUUUUUAAAGUUAUAUGGUUUAAAAAAUGUCAUCUAAAAUGGCGGGCUCAAACAACCUAGUACAUGCUAAGAGGAUGGUUCAACAACUGAGAGUUGAGGCCAGUAUUGAGAGGAUAAAGGUGUCCAAGGCCUCAGCAGAUCUCAUGCGCUACUGUGGUGAACAUGCCAAAUUCGACCCCCUUCUCAUGGGUAUCCCUGCCUCAGAAAACCCCUUCAAGGAUAAAAAGUCCUGCAAUAUAUUGUAGUGGACCCUGCUCUAUCUUACAUAUCUUAUUUAAUUACUUCUACUCAACUUUGCCUUAAGUCCAACUCUAGCUUCAUAGUAUAACUUUGUGCUGUGUCUUAACUAUAUUUAGCUUUUACAGUAUGUCUUACUGUGAAUAAACAUCAAUCAGUACUAGUUAAGUGCCAACUUGGUGAUGAUUAGCAUUGUGCAGCUAUUUCAUCUUGUCUUAACCAGCAUCCAUGUGUUCAUUUUAGAGUUCUCUUAACUGUGUUAACUUCCUUUUCCCACGGAAUAGUGCCAUUAGUUACACUUUGUGGUUGAAAUAGGGAAGUAGCAUAUCACUUUAUGAUUUAAAGAGCUAGCAGCUACACAGACUAACAGAAUAAAUGACCCUAAAGGUCUAAAUAGACAUGUUGUUUGUUUCUAGUAGCAGCUAUAUGUAUUCAUAGCAAGAUACUGAGUUAAAAGAUAUUUAGGAGGGAUCCAUAUAUCUAAUCGGAUAGUGAAUGAGACAUGACUUUAUAGUGUAUUGUAAUUGCCAUUGGUCAGGUGCUUGCUAGGUAAAUAUAGCAUUAUAGAAAUACAAAUACUGAUUAGUUCUCAAUGGAAUGCAAUACCAUCAUGUGCAAAACAUUUAAAGAAAAGUUACUGGAGUGAUUCCAUUAUCCUGCACUUUCAAUCCCAUGUGCCUUAGUUCAUUAAUAGAACCAUUCCUGGCUUAUUGAUUAAAGAAUUACAGCUGCAUUCAAAUGAAAAGACUUUUUGUCUGUUGACCCAGAGGAAAUUUGUUAAAUCAGUUUUUUCUUUUCUUUAGAUAUGCUAGAUUUUAAAUGCAAAUAUGCCUUUUCUUUCUGUUUCAACCAUUGUAUGGUAACAACAUCAGAAAAGACCACUGCUGUUUGAUGCUACUAUUUGAUGUUGUCUAUGAAUUAAAUGUAUAUCUUUAAUCUUAGGGCAAUCAUGAAACGUUUAAUGACACUGCAAUCAAUGUAUGUUUCAUUUUAGAGACAACAGAGAGUUAUGCAGUAUUUUUGAUCUUAUAAUACUCUUCACAAUCAAAUCCCUCUGACUAUCCUCUCUGUGAAGAAACAAGUCUCAUUUUUUUCUUUUUGGUUGUUUUUCCUUUUCUAAUUUCUGUAUCAUUGUAAGCCUUCAUAACGUACUAUACAGACUUUACCGUGAACAUUGAAAAAAGAUUUUAUUAAAAUUAUGAACUAAUAAAACAC